AUGGAACCUGUGGGAUUCGCUGCGUCCCUACUGGCAUUGACAUCCACGCUGAUCCAGGUCUCCAGGGUCAUCAGAGAACUGAGAAGGAAUCAUGGCGAAUGUCCAGCACCUCUGGCACACUUGGCAUCUGCCGUGUCGGAGCUCGAACGCCUCGUUGCUUAUGUGAAGGAUCUCGACGAGGCGCGCCUCAAGGACCAGGGAGGCCUUGAUAGGACUCUUUUCGAAGACUCUAAGGUUUUAUUGCAGAAAUGCAUGCAGGAUCUAUCGGAAAUCCAGCAAAAAAUUGACGCAGCUUUGCCCUUGUGCGGCAAAUGGUAUUCAGGCAUCAAGGAACUUCAACUUGACAUGGAUGCUCUCAAAGGGAACCCCUCGAAGAUCCAGGACACCGAAUUUGAUACUACAGUGCAGCAAGCCUCGGCUUCAAUACUUCAGAUGAACGAUGCCUUUGCAGUCAGCUUCCGGCAGCUCGUCCAACUGACCGAACAAUCUAUAACCAAGAUAUCGUCAACCGCACUGCAGACUGUCAUCAAAGAUCUAGUGCAGAUCUUUGAUUACAUGAAAAUGCUGAUACAGAGAGGACCAAGUGAUAAUUCGGUGAACAGGUAUUUUGAGGGCAAACUCCAACCGCUCAACAUCAGUACAUUUCCCACGGGAAUCGUGCUUUCACAUCGAACAGCUGUAAGGACAAGAUUUGCAACGUUGGAGACAUCCGUUGGCCGUCUCGAUUUACUUCUCAAACUGUCACAAUCACAUAAGGCUGGACAUGUCACCUCUGAGAAUGCCUUGGAAUCCAAAUUUCUUGCCGAGGUGUCGCUUUUGCCAGGAGCGAAUCUUCCCCAGAAGACUCAGAUCAUAUUCCAGGCUAUCCUUCAAAGCAAUCAGGACGAGCGAUUCACGAGUGUUUUGCGUGGCAAACCGCAGCCCCGCCCCCCGGCCGGAAAGAAAUGGCGAGACUCUUUGCAGAUAGAGAAGCCUCAAGCACAGACUGCGAUGAAUAUGGCCGGUCCCUACUUGGUGGGCUACAAUGCGGCGAUGGUCAAAUACCUAGUCAAUUGCGGUGCAGAUGUUGCCGCAUUCAAACCGGUAGUUUUUGCCCAAGCACCAGUGCUUUCUUCUCCAGUAGCUAUACAGAUGUCGUUGUCUGCAGGUAGUCAUCACAAUCGACUCGCCUCUGAAAGUGCGACGGCUAUAGCUCAGGCAGGGGCCAACUUUUCUGUCGCAAAUGCAAGGGGGGUUACUUUCGCAACGCUCGUCCUUGCGCACUCGUCGAUGCAAACUCUCCGAGCGAUAUUUGACAAUGCUGAGCCGUUUGUGACCCCCCAAACUCGAUCAUGGACUCACCAUGGACACCUCUGCAGAUCUGCCUUGCUUAUGGCGUGGGCGUUCACUUUUUUGACAUCAAGGGGAGCUGAUCCGUGCGUCACUGACGAAGACGGAGGAACCCCCCUGCAUAUGAUUUUGAGCUCAGGGAAGUGCAAAUACUGGGAUUUGGUAUACGGCAGUCUUGUCACCAACAGACAACAUGGAGAAUUAAAAGACAUCCUAAUGCUCUUGGUUCCUGCGGGUGCAUAUGUCUUUGCGGUGGAUCAUUCCGGAGAGAGCGUUUCAGGCAUUGCAGUGAAGCAUGGCUACAGCGUAGAGUGGAAGGAAACUCUCGAGGAGUGCCGGUACGACGUUCUGAACGUACUCAAUCAUGUCCAUGGGCAGGACGAUGCCCCUACCAAGGAGGUGCAGCGCUCUUCACUCAAGUUCGCCGAGUAUCUCGAGGUGAGAAAGUCAACGCUCCUCAAUCUUGAAGUCGGGGAUGAUGAGAGGCCUGCAUUUGUCUACCCAAGAUAUUAUGAAACGACUGUGCCAGAAUAUCUACGUGGUCAGGAGGUUGGCUGA